ACGCCUUUAACUUUAUGCAUAUACGUAACAAAGCCAGGUUGUUUCGUUAGAGCAAGUUUGCCUUUAAAACCAAGUGUCGGUUCAACUUAUUCGCGGUGUUUGAUGCUGAUAAUCAACUUUGUAACUGGCUAACUGCGCUAGCCUGUGUCACAUAAUGGGGUGUAAACACACACGUACAGACAAAACAGGACUCAGUCUCAGCCCUAAACAAUACUUGGAAUGCUGGAUUGUGUUUUGUGAGGGAUUCCAAAUUGACACAUAUUUGAUUUAACCCCAAGACCAAGUGUAUGGACGAAUAUUGUAGAUCAGUCUGCACUGAAUUUUCAAGAUAACGACAAUGUAUGAGAACGUACCGACAGUGUCUGCUUCCGAGCGGCAGCAGGUGCUCCAGGCCUUGGAAAGACUUCAGUCCAAGCUCGUGCAGAGAGAAGAGUGGACCCACAGCGACAGACUCGGCACACUGAAGGAAGCCCUGCAGAGCCCUCUGUUCGGCCACAUCCUCACCCUGCAGCACUCCGUCAAACAGCUUAAAGGCCAGUUAAACAGCUUGCCUCCGGACACAUGCACAGAGUUCAGUUUCUCCAGGAAAGGCCAGCUGAUCGUCAGUGCGAGUCAUCCGUCCAGCAGCCUGGGAUCCGUGGUGUCCAACGGUACAGCUUCAACUAACACAUCUUCUGAACAGCUUCAGAGAUGGAUAAAUGCGGCCGCAAUGGGAAGGAAGACGGAGCUCAUCAGCCUGCAGAAGCCGUUAUCUGGAGGUCUGGGUUUCAGUGUGGUCGGCCUGAGACCAGAGGGGGUGGGCAGUCAUGGUGUGUUCAUCAGACAGGUGCAACAAGGGAGCAUUGCAGACAGGGAUGGAAGAUUGCAGGAGAAUGAUCAGAUUCUGGCGAUUAAUGGGAUUCCUCUGGAUCAGAGCGUGACGCAGCAGCAGGCCAUUGCUCUUCUCCAGCAACAGAAAGACCGAGUGGAGCUGGUGGUGGCCAGAGACACUGCGGCCAAACCCCGACUAUCUACAUCUGCACCCAUUCAGAUGGAUCAGUGGGGACACAUGGAGGAGAUUGAGCUGGUGAAUGAUGGAUCCGGCCUGGGAUUUGGGAUUGUCGGAGGCAAGGCAACAGGAAUGGUUGUCAGGACCGUGUUGCCAGACAGCGUGUCCGAUAAGGACGGGAGGCUGAGAACAGGUGACCACAUCCUGCAGAUCGGUGACACGUCCACUAAAGGUCUGGCCAGUGACCAGGUGGUGCAGGUGCUGCAGGCCUGCGGGACCCAUGUGAGGAUGCUGAUCGCACGAGACCCUCUGGUGGCGACCCAGCCUCCUCCUCCACCUCCACCUGCCCCCGCCACGGCUCCUGUCACUUCUCUGCCACCUCCACCUCCUGUGCCAUCCCGCAGGGGCAGCAAAAUGCCAAAUUUGGAGGGCUACGAAAUCCAUGAAGUUGCGUUAAAAAAGAAGGAAGGCCAGAGCCUCGGGAUCUCCAUAAUCGGACACAACGCUUUGACCGCUAAGGAUGCAGUGGGGGUCUUCGUGAAGAACGUGGUUCCAGGCAGCGCCGCUGAGCAGAGCGGGAAAAUCCAUGUCCACGACAGGAUAAUAGCAUUGGAUGGCGUGAACCUCCAGGGAUUCACCAACCAGGAAGUCCUGGAAGUAAUGAAGCGGACAGGCGAUAUCGUACACCUUACCCUCAUUAGGAAGAUCAACUCACCCAAAAGGACAGUCGUAGAAAAAUCACUAGAUAAAGUCCAGAGAGAGUCGUCGCGUGUGUCUCUGAAGAGAUCGUCUGAGAUCAAGCCGCGGGCGGAUGUUCAGAGGGGCUCUGUGGUGGAGUCUAUGGACCCUGCUCUGUGUGGGAUCAAACAACAGCUGCAGGGAAAAAUGCAAGAGCCGGCCCCGCUGACGGAGAUGGAGCUUCGCGCUAAAUGGGAACAGGCUCUUGGUCCACAUUACGAUGUUAUGGUUGUACAGCUUGACCCUGUCAUAGAUGAUGAUAUUGAGCUGCAGAAGUACUCCAAGCUUCUCCCAAUACACAUAAUGCGCUUGGGCGUGGAACUAGACUCUUUUGAUGGACACCACUACAUUUCCACAGUGGCUCCUGAGGGUCCGGUGGCAAAACAUGGGCUGCUUCGACCAGAGGAUGAACUUCUGGAGGUGAAUGGCGUGCAGUUGUAUGGGAAGUCCAGACGAGAGGCUGUUGCGUUCCUCAGAGAGGUUCCUCCUCCCUUUACUUUGGUUUGCUGCAGACGCCUAGCUGAAGAAGGCAGCGAAUACCACCCUGAAUCUGAAGAGUGGCACUCAUCCAGCCCCUCAGCCAGCCUACAGGAGCAGAUUGAGAAUAACCUCUCCAUGUUUGCCAAAGAUACAAGUCUACGUGAGAGCAUGAGGGAAGAGUUUCAGGCAUCAGCAGUGGAGCAAGAGGUUAACGAUAAAGAAGAGCCCCUAGAGCCAAGCAGCCCUGAGAGAGAGCAGAUGGAUGAGGAGAAGGAUGAUGAAGAAGAAGAUGAAGGGGAACUAGCUCUGUGGUCUCCAAAUGUGCAGGUGCUAGAACUAGAGAAAGGAGAGCGAGGUCUUGGCUUCAGCAUACUAGACUACCAGGACCCUCUGGACAUUGUGCGCUCUGUGAUUGUCAUCCGCUCUCUGGUGCCUGGAGGGGUGGCGGACAUUCACGGCGGGCUCCUCCCGGGUGACCAGCUGGUUUUCGUCAAUGACACUCAUCUAGACACGUGCUCUCUGGCCCAGGCCGUAGAGGUCCUCAAAUCUGCUCUGCCUGGGAGAGUCUACCUUGGGAUCAGGAAACCAAUGGUGCCAGAGGACAAAGGUAGUGGGCAGCAGUCCUCUUGGCCUGUAGAGGGCGCUGAUGAGCAAACAGCAGGAAAACAGGCCGGCACUCUCCCAUCUAUGCAAGAGGACUUUGGAAACGGCUCUGUUUUAUCUGACGAUCUGGAUGAGGAGCCAGAGCUUAUCCUGGACGCUGAGCCCCGCUAUGCCUCUCCCCUCACCACCAUUGACCUUCUGCCCGUCCUGGAGCGAGAGAUGGCUGUAGAUGAGGAUGAUGAAGAGCAGGAGAUGGACACCAUGAAGGAUCAAGGGAGCUCCAAGUUCAAGGGCGACAGUCUGCCUUCAUACUUGAGUGAGAAGACUCGCUCCUGGGAAGAGCCAACACCAUCCAACCCCUACCAGUACAACAUUCAACCUGAUACACAAGAACAGUUCGCAGAGGUGGACAAUGAGCUUUGCACAAGCUUUGAGAAGAUUCAGCUGCAGCUCCCGCAAAUUCCCCUUAGUCAGUCGGCCACAUGGAUAGAGGCAGCAGACAGUGAGGCAGACUCUGACUCCAGAAACGAAGGCUCAGAGCUUACCUUGACUGACACCGACACUGAAUCUGCACAGCGCACUUCCUCUCGCAGCAGGAAGAGAAGAAACCAGGGGGCUGCCGGUUCAAUCAGAGAAGGCCACAGUGAUCUGCCUGAAAGAGAGGAGGGAGAAGGUGAGGAGACACCUGCGUUCAGUCACUGGGGUCCCCCACGCAGGGUGGAGGUGUGGCCAGAGCCGCAGGAGUCUCUGGGUAUCAGCAUAGUGGGCGGACGCACCGUUAUAAAGAGGCUGAAGAACGGAGAGGAACUAAAGGGCAUUUUCAUCAAACAGGUGCUGCCAGACAGCCCAUCUGGACACACGGGUGCCCUUAAAACAGGAGACAAGGUCUUACAGGUUUGUGGAGUGGAUUUGCAGAAUGCCAGCCAUGAGGAGGCAGUACAGGCUAUCAAAGCGGCACCCAGUCCCGUGGUCUUCAUCGUGCAGAGCCUGUCCUCCACUCCACGGCAGAAAGCAGGACAGACCAGCGGCCCUCCACCCAUGCGCCUCCCCCCACCCUACAGACCCCCCAGCCAAGUGCAAGAGGAGGAGCAGCAGGAGGAAGAGAGCGAGGAUGAGGAGCAAGCUAAAGAGGUGAUCAGGCAGAGGUACGCGGACCUGCCGGGAGAGCUGCUGAUCGUGGAACUGGAGAAAGAUCGGAAUGGCUUGGGCCUCAGUCUGGCCGGGAACAGGGAUCGCUCCUGCAUGAGCAUCUUCGUGGUGGGGAUCACCGCCGGAGGGCCGGCCAGCCGAGAUGGACACAUCAAAGUGGGCGACGAGCUGUUGGAGAUAAACAACCAGGUGUUGUACGGUAGGAGCCACCAGAAUGCAUCGGCCAUAAUAAAAAGCGCCUCUUCAAAGGUCAAACUCGUCCUGGUCAGGAAUGAAGAUGCUAUCAAUCAAAUGGCUGUCGCUCCUUUUCCUUCCCAGCCUUCCUCGUUCUACUCCAGUGAGACGCAUCAGAAUACGCCAGCAGUUCCAGCUCCAGCAGAGAAGCCACAGCUACCCGAGAGCCUCCCUCUGAGCAGAAGCUCACCUGAGCCGCCACUAAUCAAGGAUCAACCCAGCUUGGCGCCGACCGUGAGCUCCACGCAGACAGAUCAAGUGCAGAAGACUUUCAGAGAUGGAGAGUCAGCUUUAAAGAAGCUGAAAUCUUCAGAGAAAAUAUUGGAGUCUCCAAGCGAACAGCCACCCAAGCCUCUUGUGGAGCAGAUCACCAGUCUUCCAAAAAUCCAGAGGAAUUCCACCAAGCCCUCAGCAGGUUCUCUGGAGGUCACGUCCUCAGGAUCAUCCGUGCCAGUGUCCGGCACCAGCCCUGACUUCGAGUACUGCAGCAAAGACCCUGCUACGUGUCCCAUAGUUCCAGGACAACAGACGGUUAUUGAGAUUUCUAAAGGCCGGUCUGGACUGGGUCUCAGUAUAGUUGGCGGCAAAGAUACUCAGCUGGAUGCCAUAGUGAUUCAUGAAGUGUACGAGGAGGGGGCGGCGGCGCGGGACGGUCGGCUCUGGGCCGGAGAUCAGAUUCUCGAGGUGAAUGGAGUGGAUCUGCACAGCGUGGCUCACGAAGACGCAAUAGCUGCUCUACGGCAAACACCAGCCGAAGUGCGGUUGACGGUCCUGCGAGAUGAGGCCCAAUACAGGGACGAGGAGAACCUCGACAUGUUCCGCAUUGAACUUCAGAAGAGAACCGGACGCGGGCUGGGCCUGAGCAUCGUUGGGAAGAGAAAUGGUAAGGGUGUGUUCAUCUCAGAUGUGGUGAAGGGCGGAGUGGCUGAUCUGGACGGCAGGCUGAUGCAGGGAGAUCAGAUCCUGUCUGUGGAUGAAGAGGACAUGAGACAGGCCUCACAGGAGACUGUUGCCGCCAUUCUCAAGUGCGCCAGGGGCAAGGUGCUGUUGGAGCUGGGCCGACUGAAGGCUGCCUCCUGGAUCUCUUCCAGACGCACCUCCCAGGGAAGUCAGAUGAGCCACGUGAGCGCCAACAGCAGCACCCCAGCCCCCAUGCCCCCUGCUGUGGCCCCACCCCCCUCUCAAACCCUCAACAACAACAGCCAAAACAUCACUGAGACCAACAGCAAAAGCACAGGGACAGAGCCAGGUGUUCGGACAGUGGAGAUCACACGGGGUCCCACUGAUGCUUUGGGUGUGAGUAUAGCGGGUGGUAAGGGCAGUCCGCUGGGCGACAUCCCCAUUUUCAUCGCCAUGAUCCAGGCCAACGGCAUGGCUGCCAGGACACAUCGCCUCAAAGUAGGUGACAGGAUUGUGAGCAUCAACUCUCAGUCUCUGGAUGGCUUGACUCAUGGGGAUGUCGUAAAUAUGCUGAAGAAUGCGUACUGCACCAUCGUCCUCCAGGUGGUUGCCGACACCAACAUCAGUGCCAUAGCCAGUCAGGUGGAGAGUCUGUCCAGUAGCUCCACCCCAAGCACCAAUCCAGAGGUCCGGCCGGUGGAACCAGAGACGCCCAAGCCAAAGACCAUCACUCUGGAGAAGGGCUCAGAGGGGCUGGGCUUCAGCAUCGUGGGCGGCUUUGGGAGUCCACAUGGAGAUCUUCCUAUCUACGUCAAAACCAUGUUCAGCAAGGGAGCAGCGGCGGUGGACGGGCGUCUGAAACGCGGUGACCAGCUGCUAUCGGUCAAUGGAGAGAGUCUGGAGGGCGUCACACACGAGCAGGCCGUGGCCAUACUGAAGAAGCAGCGGGGAAGCGUCACGCUGUCCGUCCUCUCCUAACAAACACACUAAGGACUACAUCCACUGAAAAACACACACUUUGCAUCAGCAGCGGCCAUUAUUCGGCCAGCUUACUUCCUGAUAUGGAGACCGUUUGCACUCGAUCGUUUAAACUCUGCACUCUUACUGUUUGUGCACCUGGUAUCGAAAUCAAUCCGAAAAAUACUCAUAAAGGGAAAUUACUGUAUCGUCUUUGUCUUAGUCACAGACAUGUAGCCUCUCCACUGGUGACGGUGAGCAGGUGAAUAAUGGAGCAAUAUUAGAGAAGGUUAUUUUGAUGAAAUGAGUGCUGGUAACUCAAGACCAGGAGGAAAAAUUAAAGUAGCGGAUGCACAACACACACUAACACGCAAUUUGUUUGUAAUUAUCUUUUCAGUCCAUAUACAAUAACUUAUAAUGUGGUUAUCUUGAUCUUUUAAUUUAAAACAAUAUGUACAUGACCUACUGACAAACCAACCCUAUUUACAAGAAAUCAGAUUAAUUGUAUGUAGUAGAUGAAUUCAUGGAUGAGCAUUAAUAAGGGAUGACAGAUGUGCCUUGGAAUGGGCAGAUCAGAUCGUAAUGGGAUGUUUUGUUUAGCUAGUAUUAGAUAUAAGGAUCAUUUCAAUCAGGUUCUUUACAUUGCAGGGUAGCUUUGUGAAUAUUUCAAGAAAUAGUUCAUCAAAUGAUGAAAAAAAACAUCCCUGAUGUUGCUUCAAACCUGUGUGUUACUCUUUCUUCUGUGGAGCUUAAAAUGAGAUAUUUUGCAAAAUGUUCACGCUGCUCUCUUCCAUACAAUCAAAGUGGAUGGGGAGUGGAGUUUUUGUGAUUCAGAAAUGCCAACAAUAUCCAUAAAAUAUCACUAAAUUGUUCAUAUGACUCAUGCACUACAUUUUAUGAAGUUGUACAAUAGUUUGGCGUGACGGAUGAACCGAACUUUGUCGAUUUUCACUUGCAAUCUUUCCUGCAAGUAAAAUUUCAGACAAUUCUUCACACAAAGCUACUAAUGUUAGUCAUUUUUCAUGUAAAAUUUUAUGUGGAACAUAGAAUUUGAUGUUUUGCUGAAUAUUCACACUACUCUUUUUCCAUAAAAUAAAAAUGGAGACUGGCAUUUUAGAAAUUCAGAAAUGACAUGACAUAAAAGUAUUACAAGUUGUUCAUAUGAAUUGUGUAUGAUAAUUUUGCAUGAGGAAUGAUUUUAAGUGUUUUGUCACUUAAAAUCUUCCCUGAAAUAAACAUUUCUGACAAUUUUUCAUACAAAGCUAUUAUUGUAAGUCGUUUUCACUUUAAAAUCUUUCUCCGAAAUUAACAUUUCAUACAAUUCUUUACACAGGGCUGUUAUUUUCCUUCAGGAGUCUUAAAAAGUCCCAGUCCCCAUUCACUUUCUUUGUAUGCAAAAGAGCAGCCUUAGCAUUCUGUUCUUAGCAAAAUAUCUCCUUUUAGGUUCCACAGAAGAAAGUUAAGUCAUAUGGGUUUGGAAUGACAUAUAUGAUGACAAUUUUAAUUUUUGGGAGAACUAUUCCACUCUAUUAUGUUUCAAUGGUGUAUUGAGAAAUGCAUAAAUGCAUAACAUCACA